UCGAAGUCGAUCCGCCAAGCAACAGCAGCAAAAUAAUCCCGAAACAAAAGCAGAAGAUCGGUAUCCUGUUUGUCGUGACCUUGGCUUGUAUCGUUAUCUCUUCUCCUUCCUCGUCGAAGCGUUUGUGGCGUACAGAGUACUCAGUUUGUGUUCUGCAGUGGUUCCAAUCUCAAUAGUAACCAUGAGUGACAAUGGAGAUAAGGCUUGCCCUCUUUGUGCUGAGGAUAUGGACCUCACUGACCAGCAAUUGAAGCCUUGCAAAUGUGGUUAUGAGAUAUGCGUUUGGUGCUGGCAUCAAAUAAUGGACAUGGCUGAGAAAGAAAACUCAGAAGGGCGUUGCCCUGCCUGCCGCACUUCAUAUAAUAAAGAGAGGAUUGUUGGAAUGACGGUGAAUUGUGAAAGGUUGAUGAAUGGAAGUAACACAGAAAAAAAAUACAAGACUCAAAAGACGAAGCUGAAGAUGUCAGCAGAUUCACGGAAGAAUCUUAGUAGGGUGCGCGUGGUACAACGAAACCUUGUUUACAUUAUGGGAUUACCUUCUCAUUUAGCUGAUGAGAAUGUACUGGAGCGUAAAGAAUAUUUUGGUCAGUAUGGAAAAAUAUUAAAGCUGUCUAUUUCUCGACCAGCAACAACAGCUCAGCAAGCUCCCAAUAAUUGUUUUAGUGUGUACAUUACAUAUGCUAGAGAGGAGGAUGCUGUUCGUUGUAUUCAGUCUGUUCACAAUUAUACAUUGGAAAGUAAAUCCUUAAGAGCAUGCUUUGGUACUACGAAGUAUUGCCACUCUUGGUUGAGAAACAUGACUUGCAGCAAUCCAGAUUGUUUAUAUUUGCAUGAUAUAGGUUGCCAAGAUGACAGCUUCACUAAGGAUGAGAUUAUUUCAGCUUAUUCUAGGAGUAGGGUUCCUCAAGUUGCUUUGAACAAUUUGCAACGGCGUGCAGGAAAAGUUUUACCUCCACCAGCAGAUGAGUUAGGCACUAACGGAACAGCUUCUAGCAAAACUUGUUUGAGAAUGUCCUCAAAUAAUACUACUAACCAUGCCAAAUCCGCUAAUGUUUCAAGUGGAAGGUCCAUAGUACUUCCAGCUAGUGCUUCAUGGGGUUCACGUAUUUCAACUAAAUGUCCGCCAACAAUGACUUCACCAUGCUUUCAAAACCCUGUCAAGCAGAAGCCAGAGUUUUGCAGUUCAAGCUCAUUGUAUUCAUCCGUAUCAAGCAUUAAAUGCAUUUCUGGAUGGGAUGAUCAUGUUUCUGUAUUAUCAAACACACCUGACAUCGGGGCAGUGGAUGGUGGGUCAAGAGUCUUAGAACCUUUGAAUCAUGUUUCUUCUAUACUUGACCAUCCAGUUGUAUCAGAUGACUCAUCAGAGACUAGUGUAUUUGCAGAAAGUUCUUUAAUAAUUUCUGCAUGGGAUGAUGAUGCCACAUCAAAGGCACCUGAAAAAAGAAACAUGAUGCAUAUGGAUUCUCAAUCUAGUCCCCAGGAACCUCUAAAGGUAAAUGUCGCAGCCGAUGAAAUUACAUCUGAUUUGUGUGGAUCACCGGAGAUUGUUUUUGAUGAAACAUGUAACUAUGCAUGGGAUGAUGAGGGUGACAUAACAUCAAACCAAAUCAAAGAUCUAAGUUUUUGUCACAUGGAUGGCAAAACUACUUUGUUAGAAGCAUUGAGAUGUUCUAGUGAUCAGGAUUCCCAAACAUCUUUUUCAGGGGAUAGUACGGAGGGUGAUACUCCUUGUACCCCGGACAUUUCGCGUAGUUCUUCUCAACUUUUAGACACACUAACUGGGCAGAAAGAUGGGUUAACCUUACGCGAAAUUGUUAGUUUGGAUUCAGCUAAUGACAAAAACCUGGAAUGCAGUGAUAGCCUCUCCAAAAGAGUUGAUUGUGAUGAUGCUAUCAGCAAUAGUAUUGCGCCUAAGGAAAAUACAGAGAGUGUAUGUUUGGGGAUCUCUGGUAUAAAUUUUGACAGUAGACUUGUGGUUGAUCCCCAGAGCAAAGAUAAGUAUCAAAUUGUGUCAUCUAAUAAUCGUUCUAAUUUAAGUGAUGGAAGUUUAGCCAUUGAAUUAUGUCCAAAUUAUUCAAAGAAGGAGGUUGAACGGCCAAGCUCAAUGCCCUUUUCUCAUGCAGCUGUUGUGAUAGAUUCACAAUUCUUCCCGACAGACUCACCUGAUUGGACCUCCAACCAACAGAGUGAUUUGUCAUUGGCCAUGGUAAAGGGUGAUAAUUAUAUUUUAACCAAUGAUGAUCAAAGAGAAAAGGUUUCAAAUGCUUCUAUUCAAACAAUAAUUUCUUCCUGCAGUCUAAUUCCAUCUAAAAUUUCAUGCUCUCCAAAAAGUAAUUCGUGUAAAGAAGAUGCUUGUGAUUUGCAAUAUCCCAUUAUUGCAAAUACUUCAGCAACGGAUGCGGUGGUGGAUCAAGGAUAUGCUAUAUUAAGAGAUCAAAGUGGAGUCCUUUCAGUUUUGUCCAAGCAGGACCAAAAAGAUAAUUAUGCCAUACAAAGGGAGAAUUUUGAAACCCCUGACAUGAUACGAACCGACGAAAAUAAACCAAAUUAUUUGGUAAAGUCUGAUGAUUUAAUUACAAUAAAGACUGAAAACAUUGAUGUUGGUGAGGGAAGCAUUAUAUCCAAUAUUUUGUCACUAGAUUUCGAUCCUUGGGAUGGUUCCUUACAAUCUGCUGACAAUUUUGCCAAAUUGCUUAAUGGAAUGGAUAAAGGCAGCUCUUCGACUUUGUCAAGUUCAUGGAAGUCUCAAAACCAUAAUCAAUCUAGAUUUUCAUUUGCUCGUCAAGAAAAUUCAACAAAUGUUUCUGCAACUUAUUCUUUGGCUACUAGUCAUGUAGAGAAAUCGAGCAGUUCAAACAAAGAGUCAUUUAUUCACAACAAUAUUUUGCUUAAUACAGUUGGGGGUCCCGGUGUUGUUUUGAGCAACGGUUCUCUCUUUUCAUCCAAUAACUCUGUUGAGCAAGUCCUGGGACCGUUCGUGGGUUGAUUUUGACGAAUUCCG